AUGAGAGCUGAGUCAUCCGCCAACAAGAAAAGCUUCGAAGAAAAACCGCAGGAAGAAUACCAACUGCUGAAAGAUGAACCGAAUGCAACUGAUACGAAAAUACCUGGACAACUGGAUGAUGUAGAGGAAGAAAUAAAGGAGAAACUUGCUACCUUCUCACCAGAAGAAUAUCCUGGUAUGAAAUACAAAGAAGGGAAAGGCAGUGAAUUAAAUGGUGGUACGACCGAGGAAAUCACCGAGAACGGCAAAGACUACACGCCUUUCUUUGAAGGAGAUAUCAUUCUCACGAAGUCUCUUCGUUCAUCGGACUCUGAAUGUUGUGUUACCUUAGAUGAAGAUGAGAUUAUGUAUGAUGAGGAACACGGUGAAACUGAGCGCGUCAAACGUCAAGUUCACCGCAAUGUUACAAGGUUGUGGCCAAAUGGACUAGUUUAUUAUUCUUUUGGCGCGAACGCAACUCCGGAUAUGGUCAUUGUUUACGAUUGGCUUGAAUGUGCUACACACAUCGGAAGGAUUGGAGGCGCACAAAGUCUCUACCUUGGCCAGCUGUGCGAUACGAUUGGCCGUACUGCUCAUGAGAUCGGGCACACCUUAGGUUUCUUCCACACCCAGUCGAGACCCGAUCGAGAUAACUACAUUAAAAUUAUAUCGAAAAAUAUCAGGAACGAGCAAAAAUUUAUUGAUCGUCAACUGAUCUCUUCUAACAACAAUGAGCCCGUCAUAAUACCACAGCCUGAUGGUAGGUAUUUACAAACUCUUGGAUCGCCGAUGAUUUCAUUUUACGAUAAACUGGCAAUCAACCUUCACUAUAAAUGCUUUGACAAAUGUAGUGACAAACACUGGAAGAAGUGUCAAAAUGGUGGCUUCCCCCAUCCACGUGAAUGCUGGAGAUGUGUCUGCCCUAGUGGAUAUGGCGGAAGAUAUUGCAAUGAAAGGCCAGGUGGUUGUGGCAAGACACUGUACGCAAAGACCUGGUUCAAUAGACUCGUUGACACCGUUGGUAGAGAGGAUUACCAUCCCGAUAAGCCUCACGACGAAUUUAUCAUGUGCAAUUACUGGAUUAAGGCACAGGCUGGCUCAACGAUUGAGAUGAGAUUUGAUAACUAUAGCAGAGAUGGGUAUUCUGAUGGGUGCGUAAAUUCGGGAGUUGAAAUCAAGACAGGAAACGACACACGUCUGACUGGUUAUAGACUCUGCGAUGACCGAUCUGCUGGGAUGUCAUUCAACUCUACGCGGAACAUCGUCCCUGUGAUUACUUAUAACAGAUUCUCUCCGAAAACCACCGUUCUGAGCUAUCGAAUAGGUAAUGUAAAUUUCUUAGGAAGCGAUUCCAUGCCUUUGAAAUUACUUAAUACUAUAACGCGAUUCAUUACAGUUUCUUCUGAUGCGACCAAGUGCAAGGAUAGCGCUAUGUAUGUUUCCUUUCCAACUAAAUCAUUUCCGUUUCAUUCCUCCAAGAGUAGAGUAUGUUUUAGAUGCUCGGUGUUGUUAAGAUUAAAGCCCUGUACGUUUUCAACCACCGACGGCUUUAGGAGGAAGUACUGUCCAAAAUCAUGCGGCUUCUGUUUGUAG